AAGCUUUAAAAUAUAGCCUAACAAUUAUGGUCUACCUUUAAAUACGAACUAUAAUUUUACAGAUUUAAGUCAACGUAAUUGAUUUGAAACGUAUAUAUCGAGUUUUGUUGAUUUCUACAAAUUCGAAUUUGAUAUCAUUUGACUGCAAUGUUGGAACUGAUCUAAAAGAUUAUGAGUCACAGUCAAGAAAAGACCACAAUUAUAAUCCAACCAGAAGAGAAGGGAAACCCAAUUUUCCAAGAAUGGCCGGUUCACACGGAGUGUCCACAAUGUGGUAGCAGUAUACUGACCAGUCUGGAGUACGAGGCCGGGACGCUCACCUGGAUCAUGUGUUUCUUCUUAAUGUUUAUUGGGCUGUUCCUCGGAUGUUGUUUCAUUCCAUUUUGCUUGGACGGGUGUAAAGAUAUUGCCCACAUUUGUCCAAACUGCAAAAAGGAAGUUGGAAGAUAUUACCGGAUUUGACAUAAAAGAUGUAUGAUAUCAACGUUUAUCAUACUGUAUAUCAAGAUUCAAAUUUGAAAUUAAUGUGCCAAACGAUCAAAAUAUAAUGUAAAUCACAUGUCAUUUUAAAUAUCUAGUCCUGUAAAUGACAAUCUUUAUGUCUAUUUGCCAUACAUUGCAUCUUGUA